GCCCUAUUUUCGCUUAAUUUUCUGAAAUGUACCGGUUCGGAAAUCAGCAGUAAAAACUCCACAGCGCGUCACUGUGGAAACUGGCCCCACGUGUUAUCGUUUGCUUUCUUAUAAAGAUUAAAUCACUGCAGGUACAUAAGACGGCCUAUUGGGUUAUAAAUCACUGAACGGAGCCAAAAUAUGUUUUGCCAAUAUUUUAAUUAUGAAUGGGGACAAAAAACAUCCAGUGGCUUUUAUUGAAAUGACAUUUUCCAAACGAUAACACGCUGGACGAGUUUCCACAGUAACGCUGUGGAGUUUUUACUGCUGAUUCCUGAACCUUGCGUCAGACUGCAGUUUAUUAAGGCGAGUCCACAGAGGGACGGACUCAUGUGGACCAGGAAGCUGAUGGAGACACAGUAAACAGCUGACAUGUAAACUAAGUCCAUUUUUAAACAUUGCAGCCAUUUUUAAUCAUUUUGUUGAAGGUAGUUUAAAAAAAAAAUCACAUUUUAAGCUGCUUCGCUGUUAUUUCGAGCAGCGGCUGAAUAAUUUCGCGUCUCUGGACUUCAUGAAUACGGACUUGGAGGAGCAGGAAGACGAGCUGCUCGCCCUGCAGAGCAUAUUUGGUUCGGAAGAGUUCCUCCGAAAUGAGUCGAAGUCUGCCGGAGAAUUCCGAGUUUCCGUGGAGCUGCCAGCGGGAUUCACUGUGCUCCUAAAACACGGUGGAACGAUAAGGCAGUAUGACGUCUCUUUCCUUCCACCACUGAUUCUGACCUUUGAACUUCCUGGAGAUUACCCAUCCUCCGCCCCUCCCUCCUUCACUCUCACCUGCAGCUGGCUGACUCAACCACAGCUAACGUCCCUGAGUGAUCAGCUCACAGAUCUCUACCAGGCCACUGGGGGCGCUGUGGUGCUCUUCUCCUGGAUCCAGUUUCUGAGAGAGGAAGCCCUGAAGCAGCUGGACAUCCACAAUCUGCUGGAGCUUCCUUCUGACCAGAACCAUUCUUCCUCAGCUGCAGACAGAUCUGAACUUCCUGCGUCUGUUCCGGCCGGACAGGAAGUCGUCCCUCCAAACGAAGACCAAAGUGACUCUGGUCUCUCUUUGACUGCGUCUCAGAUUCUCCUGUCCCAGAUUUUGAUCCAUGAUGCAGAGCAGAAACAAAAGGUGUUUGCCGCCACGCCGUUUGACUGCGGCGUGUGUUUCUCGAGCCGGCUCGGGUCCGAGUGCGUGCAGCUGUACGAGUGCGGCCACAUCUUCUGCCUGGCCUGUCUCGACGAGUUCUGGAAAGCCCAGAUUACGGAGGGGAACGUCCGCGGCGUUACCUGUCCUCAGGUAGACUGCUCUGCCACGCCAACACCUGCACAGGUGAAAAGUCUUGUAGGAGAGGAGCUCUUUCACAGAUAUGAUCGUCUUCUGCUACAGUCUACCCUGGACGUCAUGCCUGACAUCACGUAUUGUCCUCGGCUUACUUGCGGUUCUGCUGUGAUCUUGGAGAAGUCCAGCCCUGCAGCGAUGUGCUCUGUCUGCAGCUUUGCUUUCUGUGUAGACUGUAAAAAAACGUACCAUGGAACAAGCAAGUGCUACGAAGAGCCUGACUUGUCUACAGAGAAGAGUGAAGAUCAGCUGGUAGCUUUACCAAAGACAGAAGAGGGGAUCCAGGGGCUUAUGGAGGCUUAUGCUAAAGGCGGCAAGCGGAAGCGUCGCCUCCUAGAAAACAGAUAUGGCCGUAAAUUGUUUGUCUACACCUUUGAAAAGCACGUUAGCGACAAAUGGAUAACCACCAACACCAGACCCUGCCCUCACUGCUUCUCCCCAAUACAGAAAGAUGGCGGAUGCCACCACAUGUUUUGCACUCAUUGUAAACGGAAGUUUACGUGGCAGUGACUCUGUAGACUUGACUCUUUAGAACAGUCUUUCUCAAACUUUGGACCGCGGCUGUCCCCUAGUGGCCCCCCAGGGACUGCACGUAAACGACCGUUUAUUUACCGUGACGUCAGCUCGAAGUGCGACGCUACAGCUAGCUUAGCAAUGGAUUGUGUUUAAAAAUAAUAAUGAAUCAAAUCGGAUACCGGUGGAAAGAAAACAACGCCAGGAAUACUUUCAUGCAGAGGUGAGCAGAGUACGAAAAAAACUUUACUGAAGCAAGACUAGUUCUACUUCGACAUAUUUUUAAUCAAGUAAACAUAAAAAGUAGCCUUCCAAGAAAUUAUUCACGUAAGAAUAAAAAAGUAUUACAAAAAGAAUUACAGCUGUAUUAUAACUAACUUCAGUCCCUGCAGCUUCAACAUGGAUUUUAUAACUGAUACGAUGUGCAAGUCCAAAGGUUCAGGUCCAUUAUCUGAAGCCAUUAGCAGAGCUAGUAGCUUCUCCGUCUCUUUAGCCAUUAGCUCUAAGUCCAGACUGAAACGAAGCAUCAGUUUCCUUAUGAAAAGAAUCAACUCUAGUCUUGGUAUUUUUAGGUUUUAGCAAAUCUUAUUUUCACUUAAAAUGUUUGUGACAAAAUGCUUGUUUCAAAACUACAAGAUGACACAACAUUACAACAAUUUGAUAAUUUUCUGAGUGAGUUUUGCUUUGCUGUUCGGACAGAAUCAUGGGAGAGAAGGAAAAACUUAUUUAUGGCUUCAGCAGUAAAAUCAGAUUUUACUGUAAACUUUCUGUCAGCACUGGGAAUAUAAACUGCUAAAACUCUGUCCAGUGACAGUUUCAUUAUUUAUCUGUGAGGUCAGGCUCACAGAAACGUUCAAAAACAUUAAAACUCAUCUAAUAAAAAAAUGCAACUCUCCACCGGUUUGCUUUCUGUCACAAACACUAGAUGGCGCUGAAGAACAACAACAGCUAAAUGAGCCUUAGAAAUGUUGAUUUUCUUUUCUGUAAGCAGAAACACAAAUGCUACAAUAUACAAAGUGAUGUUUAUUUUAUGCAAAGCAUUAAAAAAAAUUUACACUAAAUAAUAAUUUGUAGUGCAACAACUCUUACAUUAUUAAGAUCUGAAAUAUGAAAAAUUGUUCAACUUUUCAUUUAAAAAUGACAGUAAAAUGUCUUAAAUAAAUCUACCAGCUAACAUUUUAUUUGCUUUCAAAAGCUCACAGGUGCAGCUACUGCUGCCGCUGGACGUUUGACACCUACACACAGACUUCCUGUUUUUGAAAUGUCCCCCUCCCUUCCUGCGCUGUAAAAACACGAGUCUGCAUGACCCCCAUGCUGCAGGGUUCUUUUUUCAAGAUAGAAAAUGUGAAGUUUCACUCAUUGUGUGUGUAUAUAUAUAUAUAUAUAUAAAAACAAGAAUAUUUCUGACGUUGAAAAGUAUAACAUCUGCUUGAAAAUGCUCCAAAAUUUUUAGAUUACUCUCAUAAAUUUUGUUCUUUUUUUCAGACAAUUUCUGAGUUUGAAAAGUUGAACAUUUGAAAGAAAAAAAACUCCGAAAUUUUAAGAUUAAUCUCAUUAACGUUUGAGAAAAAACACGAAAAUUUCUGUUUCAAAGGUCAAAAAUUUUUGACUUUGGAAGUUUUUGCUUGAAACUAGAAAUUUUAAUGUUUUUUUUUUCUGGCAGAAUUUAUUCUUUUUUUGUUUUUGUCUAUGUGCAGAGACCCUAAUACACCAUUGUAUGAAAACUGACUUUUCUCUGCAGGUUUAAUAAUUUUUAACUCUCAUGAAGGAAUUAGAACCAUCAACAGAAUAAAUAAAGCAAAACACUGAAUUAUUCUGUUCUGUAAAUAUCCAAGAUGAGGUCAGCAGGUUACAUUUCACACCAACUUGAUGACACAUAAACAUCUCAGCAGAGGCACGGAUUUAUUUUUAUUCAGAGUAAUAUAACAAAUAUCUAUUUACAGUAGAUUAUGGAGAACAUUUGCUCCUUUCAGGCUGAUGGCUGCAUGUUUCCCCUGCAGCGCUGUGAGCUGAGCCACAGCGGAGACCAGAUGAGACUUUAGUGAUGAAAACCGCAGCUCAGUUUUUAUCGCCUGCAUGUUUAUUCAUCUGUCAUGAAACACAAACAUACACAGAAACUACAGCGCCUGCCGUCCAGGCGUUCACUCAAACAGUAGAAUGGAGUUUUAAUGCUGUUCAGAGGCACUAAACGUGUGCUGAGGUUUUUCCACAAAGAUCACAGGAUCAUCUGCGUACCUGCAGGGGCGAUGCCGUCAGACUCAUGGCCCUUGGCAGGAACCAGUAGUGGAGGAUCCUGAAGUGUGUCUCUAAUCUAGAAUAUACAGCUUCUAUGUGAGACAGGAGGGAUAUGUUUGGAAAAUUCUCACCAUCCCUUUUUAAAAAUUUACUGAAUCUCACAAUUAAGAAUUAGAAACUCAAAUAUCAUAUUUCUGCUUUCACUUCAAAUAAUUGUUGCUUAUUUCUCACAACGAUGCAAUUGAAAUUAAUAAUUAUGAUUUUGAAAGUCAAACUUAUGACUUCAAAUUAUUCUAAUGACUUAGUUUUAUGUAUAAAAAUGACUUCAAAAUGAUGUCUUUAAAAUCCAGUUUUGCAAGUCAGAUCUCAUAAUUUUGAUUUUAUUUUACAUAAUUUUAAUUUAUUUCUUAUACUUGAUUUUAAUUCCAUUAAAGAAUUUUAUAUUUUUUUAAAAAGUUCACUCAAAAUUAUAAAUUUUGUUUUUGAAGUUUUAAAAGUCAGAUCUCAUAAUUCUGAUUUUAUAUCACAUAAUGUUUGAUUACUUCUCAUAAUGAUGUUUUUAAGAGUCAUAGUUAUGACUUUGGAAAUUAAAAUGAUUACUUCAAAAUUCUAAAUAUAUUUUUUUCCAAAAUCCAGUUUUGCAAGUCAGAAUUAUUGAAGUAGAUUCUAAAAAUUAUCACUAUAUUUUGCACAACUAUUACUUUGUAUCUUAUGACAGAAAAUCAAAUUUCUAAACUUUAUAAUUAUAACUGUAUUUUAUGCCUUUCUUACUUUGAAAAUCCGACUUAUUGUUUUAAAUCAAAUCUCAUAAUUGAGUCACAAACUCAACUUUGUAUCUUAAACUGUUAUCUAAAUUAUGACUUUGAAACCUAUAAUUUUUGACUCUGGAAGUCAGAAUCAUAAUUUUGUAAAAAUUCAUAAUCUUGAUUUGUUAUCUAAUAACUAAGAUUUUAUAUAACUUUGAAACUCAUGAGCAACUUUUUCUUUUUCAAGUAGAAGACACUGGCAUGUUUCCUAUGGAACAUUAUUAUUGAGAAUCAAUAGUGACGAUGUUGGAAAAAGCUUUAAAAUAAAUUCUCAUUGUGACCCAGAAGCCAAUUUAUUUAGUUCACUCUUAAAAAAAAACUUUAAACAAACCCAUAUUGUGCUGCAGUGGUCGUAUUUUUAAAUGCCAUGUCUUUUUGUUUUUUCAUAUGUAUAUAUAAUUUUGGGGCCCUGCGACAGCCUGGCGACCUGUCCAGGUGACCCCGCCUCUCACCCGAAACAGAUGGGCACCAGCUCCCCUCCUUACCCCACAAGGGUGUACAGGAAAUGGAUGGAUGGAUAUAAUUUUGGGGUUCCAAUAAAUACUUAAGGUGCUUAUAGAUUUUUAUGUAAAUAAGUAUCUAAUUUUAAUAAUAAAAUAGCAUUUUUCAUUCUAAUUUUUGAUUCUCCUUUUGGUAAGAUACUGACUGCUGAUGAUGCUUAACAUAACCCCACUUAAGAAAACUAAAUAGUUGAUGCUUAUGAUGCUGA